UUACGAGCGGCCAUCUUAAAUAAUUCACAUAACUUUGGGUGAUUAAAAAAGGUAAUUUUCGUUAAAUGUUAUCGGAUAAUAUUCUUGUUUUACAUUCUGUGUAUCAAGUCAAGGUCUAUUUCACUGCGAGUAAAAAGAAAGAAAGAUCUCAACAAUUUGAAUGAUCGGUCCAAAGUAAAAGAAGCUUAUGUCAUAGCAGUGGAAGAUGAAGCACAGCAAAGAUUGGAAAAGCUGUCAUUACUUCAUAAAGUGCAAGCAGUUGAUAUGACAAAACUAGCUUCUGAUAUAAGUGAAAAUUCAUCAAUCGAUUCAGAAAAUUUUGUAGAAUUAAAUCCUGUAAAUCAAACAACUGUAUCUGUACAAACCCAUACACCUAAUGUUUCUGAUGGCUGUAUUGAAAUGACAGAAUUAGGUAGCAUGGAGAUGGAAGCAACUAAAAAACCCAAAACUGAAAAACGAAAGAAAAAUGCAAGUAAUCAAAAUUCUGAUCAGGACUCGCCAAUUUUAGAGGCGAUUCAAAACAGUGUAUUUAAUGCAAAUGAAAGUUUUAGUGAUUCAAUGCAAGACUCAUUUGAUCAGGAUGAUAGUACACAUAGGGAGAUGGCAAUUGAUUGUCCAGAAAAUUUCAUUGCUUCUGUAAAAAUUCCGCCCAAAUACCCUCCAUCUUAUCAAAACUCUACUGAAUCUUUAAAAACACCGCCAACUACUCCAUCAAAAAGCUUUCAUCAAAAUGAGGACAAAAAUUUGACAGAUUCAACAUUGAAAUCAGCAUCUGUCAUCAUGUCAAAUGGCCGUCAAAAUCAUCCUAUUAACAAAGAACAGUUAGAAAGAUUACAUAAACAUCAAGACGAUUUACGUAAACGCAGAGAAGAAGAAAAUAGACUGGCAAGAGAAGACGAAUUUCUACGCACUUCAUUGAGAGGAUCUAAGAAAUUACAAGUCUUAAAAGAAAGGAAACAAUUAGAACCACAAGGCGUUAUCAAUACUGCUUAUGACAAUAGUGUGGAUGAUUUGGAUAAUUUGGAUGAUGGUUUUAGUAGUGUUCAUGGACCUUUUGAAAAAGAGAGAUAUAUGAAGAAAAAUGUUGGACUAGACGACUUAUUCUCCUCUCUACAGCACAUCAAAACUCAGCUCAACUCAACGGACGAUAAAAGCCAGAUAUCAAUUAUUCAACACUUGUUUAAUAAUAACCAAUUCAGAAAAGCUGUCCAGGUACACAACAAAAUAAUUCAAGUGACCUCUCGCUCAGCUGUGUACUCACCAGAUGGCAGCAAUGCAUUACAGACGUCCAAUGAAGUAAUGACAGUGCUACAACAUACACCUUCACCUUAUGCAAGUGAUCUAACAGAUCUACUCUCCAUGCCAGGUUUUAAAAACUUGUUACGAGCACAUGAUGGGGUUGCAGACCACCAGUCAAAACCGUCAAAUCUUGGUGAUGAAGAUUUCAGUGAAGAUCCUAUUUCAAAUUAUGGAGAGGACACAAUUAAAAUUAUACACCUUGAAAAAACCAAUGAACCUCUGGGAGCUACAGUUAGAAAUGAAGGUGAUGCUGUGGUAAUUGGUAGAAUUGUUAAAGGCGGAACUGCUGAAAAAAGUGGCUUAUUACAUGAAGGAGAUGAGAUUUUAGAAGUGAACGGUAUAGAUAUGAAAGGCAAGAACAUAAAUGAUGUAUCAGAAAUGCUGGCAAAUAUGACAGGAACAGUUACUUUUAUGAUUAUACCCAGUGGUGACUUCAAACCAAAAAUAAGCAGUGACGAAGUCUCAUAUUUUGGCAUCGUAAAUGUAAAAGCUCUGUUCAAUUAUGAUCCAGAAGAAGACAUUUAUAUUCCCUGUAGAGAAUUGGGGAUAUCAUUUAUGAAGGGUGAUGUACUUCGUGUGAUCAAUCGUGAAGAUUUGAACUGGUGGCAAGCAUACAGAGAGGGAGAAGAUGAACAUGAAUUAGCCGGUCUCAUUCCAAGUAGCAACUUCUUAGAACAACGAGAAGCAUACAAAAGAACUUUGAAUAAUGAUGGUAAGGAUAAUACAAAGAAAGGUAAAUCUUGUUCUUGUGGCAGAAGAGAUCGACGGAAAAAGAAGAAACAAAUGUAUAAAGAUGGUUUGGAAGAAACAGAAGAAGUGCUAACAUAUGAAGAAGUAUCAUUAUAUUACCCUCAGCCAAAUCGUAAAAGGCCAGUAGUUUUGAUUGGUCCAGCUCAUGUUGGUCGUCAUGAAUUAAGGCAGCGUUUAAUGGAAUCUGAUUUUGAUAGGUUUGCAGCAGCUAUUCCACAUACAAGUCGACCAAGAAAAGAAAAUGAAGUGCCCGACAGGGAUUACCAUUUUGUAACAGCAGUAGAAUUUAAAUUGGACAUUGAGAAUAAUAAAUUUAUUGAACAUGGAGAAUUUGAGAAAAAUUUAUAUGGAACAAGUCUUAAUGCUGUUAGACAAGUGAUCAACCAGGGCAAAAUAUGUGUGUUGAAUUUACACCCAGAGUCUUUGAGAUUGCUGAAGGAGUCUGAUUUAAAGCCAUAUAUUGUUUUUGUUUAUCCUCCAAACAUGGAAAAAUUAAGACAAAUCCAACAACAUUUGACAAAUGGUAUAAAAGUUAAGGACGAGGAAUUACAGGACAGCAUAGAACGUGCAAGGGAGAUGGAAGACAAAUAUGGCCAUUAUUUUGAUUAUAUAUUAGUGAACUCUGAUAUGGAACUUGCAUACCAAGAACUUGUAAAUGAGAUAAAUAGAUUGGAAGUUGAGCCACAGUGGGUGCCAUCAUCAUGGGUUGGAAGUCGCCUUGUAUUACAAUGAAUCAUAUGCAUACAUUUUCAUAAUUUUUUUCAUAGGUCAUACAUUAUAUAUUUGUCUUGCAUUAUUUCAUGUUUUUCUGUUAGAUCCCAUUGACACAUAACAAUAUCAUAUUUGUAGGAUUUAGAUGUGCCAUUAUAUAUUUUUUUAGCCAGUAUAUUUGUAAGAUUUGGAGUGAUUAAAUAAGAAAGUUAGACCACCAUUGAAAAUAUUACAACCUGGAAAACAUUAGUAUAAAAAUGAGAUUUUUGUCUUUGAUUGUUUUAUUUAUACCUUUAGAGAAAGAACUGCCAAUUGUAAUCAAGAGAAAAUAGAGUUUAAUACACAUGUGAAUCCUUUAUACUUAAUACACAUUGCCAAAAUAAAAAGAAAAAGUCAAAAGAUAACUAGAAAUAUUAUGCAGUUAUAAAUAUUCAUGUUUUCAGCUUACCAGUAUAUGAAAUAUAAUAGUCUGUACAAAAUUCCUGCUUUCAAUUUUAUGGGGAGAAAAUACACUGUUUUGUUGCUUUAAAUAAGAUUUCUGUUAUCAAAAUAUCAUGUCUUUAAUUUUACAAUACUUAAUAAUACAUCAAAUUGAAAUUCACACCUUAUUGUUUUUAAAUGUGAGACUAGGAAAAUAUUUGUUUGUUGACAAAACUUUAUCAUUAUUAAGAUCUGAAAAUAUAAAUUUUUGAAUUGUAACUUUAAUUACUAUGAAUAGAAAGUAUUAUUUGUAUUUAAGAAUGAAGAUAUAGCACUGGUUAUGUCAUCUAGUCAGAAAUAUUGUAACAUUGUAUAUAUAAUUCAUCAGCAUUAUGUAUAACUAUAAACAGUGACAAUUUUUAUUUGGAAAAGAUUGUACAUAGCAAAUUAUUUUAAGGGAGCUACCAUUUGAUUUUUAUGGGGGCUAGGAUGAAAAAUUUUGUCCUGCAUUUUUUUUUAGUUGUAAUCUCAGUCCUGCCUUUUUAUUUUUUACUCUACUCGGUCCUGCCUUUUUUUAUUAGUUUAUCCUGACUUUUUUUACAUAAAUUGUCAUCCUGCUCUUUUCUUUUGCCAAGUUGCUGCCUUUUUUUUUACUCAAAACUCCUGUCCUGCCUUUUUUUUUUCAAGUUUCAUCCUAGCCCCCAUAAAAAUCAAAUGGUAGCUCCCUAAGAAUUGAUAUAUUUCACAGAUGGUUAGAUAAAUUGUUAACAACUUGAUAAGUUUAUUAAUUGGAGAGAAAAAAUGUGUUAUUACCGAUAUCAGACAGAUUACUAUACAGAUCUUUGGUUGAAAUACUCUGAUAUUUUAAUGGGCUAAAACAAGUUGCCUUAUCAUAUCGUUUCCUUUGCCAAAAUGGGUUUGAAAAUUGUUCAAAGGUUUUAUUAUCCACAUAUCAUCUGAUAUUUGUCAAAAUACUUACUAAUGUCAUAUAAAUAAAUUGAUUGACCUUAAGCGACUUCUACACCCUAGUUGCCCAUUAGAAUAGCCCUGAUUACAAAUACUUUUCCCAGACUGUGACUUUGAAUUGUUUAGGGCAUAUUAUGAUUUUUUUUCAAUGAUAUUCAAAAAAUUGUGUUUUUUUCUGAGCCAUGUGAUUAGGUGUGGUUGCCUUUUAUAAGUUACAUUAUAAUUGAGUUCUACCAAAAAAAGAACAGUGAACAAGUAAACCACAUGUUGAAUAAAAAGAAAUAAAGGAUUCAGAACGUUUACAUCGCUUUGAAAUAUUAGAAAAAAAAAACUAAUUAUGAUUGAUGAUAGUGAGAUUAUUUUUACAAAGUUGUAGUUUAUUUUAGUAAACACAAAUAAUCGUUAUUUAUGUAAUCAAAGUUAAUAUAUUAAAGAGGUAGAUGAAUGUGUGAGGAUGACAAUUGCACCUUAACUGUUAUAAAAAUCUAUCAGUUAUAUUACAAAUACAGUUAAAACAAGUUUUAUAACUUUCAAAAAACCUUCGUAGAUAAAAAAAUAUAAAAUGACAAUAGAUGUGAACUGUAUUUUUGAAUGCUGUUGUUUUAAUAAACCUUGUCACUAACAAAAUAGUUUAACUGUUAGAUUAAUGAUGACUGUUAUCAUAAUAAGAAUAAUAAAUGUGUGGAAUAAAUACUUAGUGAUGAGAUUUAUAUGUGAGGGGAAAUUUAUACUAAUAACUCAAUGCGACAUGGCCAAUGAAACAAAAAAUACAAUAAUUUGAAAAAUAUUUUAUCUAAGUACAAACUAGGACAUAUUAAAGGUUAUAAUGUUGAUAAAAAGUCUUGAUUUUUUUAUUUUCAUCCUUUUAGCACCAAAUCAUGUGAUCAAAAUGUAAAAUGAAUUGUUUGACUUAUAUUCAUCAAAUUUAAGAUAUUGCAUAUUGUAUGAAGAUUUCAAUUCUGGAGACAUUCCAUUAAGAGGUUGUGAGCAUGAUUUUAGUUUGUUAUUUUCUAUGUUAGUUAUAUUAUUAUCAUGGUAAUGUCUUCAUACAUUUUAUGUGUAUUCAGUAUCAGAAAGUUUUUGAGGUUUUGUUUUUUUCACACUUCUAUGUGAAAAGUCUAUUUUAUCAUAGUAAAUUAGAAACCUGUGAUAGUAAUUGGCUCAUUUCUGAUAUUAUACAAACAUAUUAAUUUUAUAUUGCUGUGAAUAUAUUUUUAGCAUUUUAGAAAUUUGUAGAAUCAGGUUAUAAAUAUUUUAUGUGCAAUACAAAUUUUAAAUUUUUUGUACAUAACAGUUGCUCUCUAUCAAUAAUUUCUGCUAAUCUAAGUAGCAAUGUUUAAUAUUUAACAUAUAAAUAUGUUAGUUCCCAAGAAUUAUUACAAAGCUCAGAACAUGCCAUUUACAUUGUUUACAUAAAUGUGGUUGUAGAUUGCUGUAUAGAAGGUUGUAUUGAAAAAAAUAAGAUUGUUAGAAUAUUUAUAUGCUAAGACAGAACUGAUAACAAAAUUUUACUUUAUACGUGCAGCUUUUGAAGACAGUACACUUCAAACAUUCUUCACUGUUAUAAGAUUGGAUAAUUAAAAAAUAAAAAUCAUGUGCGAUAUAAAAAGGUGCUACAUGCUAUAUCUUUAUAUACAUUAUUCUGUAUAUAUAUAUCACAUUAUCUAAUUACAAGUAAAUUAAAUCCAGAAAUAUU